AAACUCCACGUGCAUCACGCGCGGGUAGAGUUCGCACGCGCGCCACAUCAGUGAUCGGGAAAUGGAGAUUGAUCGGCCAAUUCAAAACUCGAUCCGACUGGAUUGAUCGGCGACGAUGGAGAGAAACGUCGAGAAGAUGCUGAACAGAGUUUCGAUGGUCUUCAUAAGCAUCGGAACAGCGAUAAUGGUGAUUAUGAUUCUCCAGACGCCGAAAACAUGUAUCCCACCAGAAGCUCCAUCGAAACCACAUACGCAUUUUCCGAGAUCCACCUGCGAUUCCUCGCCUCGCCAGCAUGUUCCUCUCUCCAAGAAGAACGCUAGAAUCUGGUCCUCUAAGGCCUGGAAAUCGCGUCUCUCCUCCUUCUCCACCUAUUUCCUCCGAUUUCGCGAUCUAGGUUUCCUCCACAAUCACACCAAAGCUCUCUGCCUCUCCGCCGGCGCUGGACACGCUCCGAUGGCUCUGUCCCAGAUCGGAUUAGCUGACAUUACCGCCGUCGAAUUGGUCGAUUCGCUUCCUCUUGUCAGAAGAGCUGAUCCUCAUAACCUUCCCUUUUUCGACGGUGUCUUCGAUUUUGCCUUCACCGCACAUUUAGCUGAAGCUCUGUUUCCGUGGAGAUUCGUGGAGGAGAUGGAGAGGACGGUGCGCCGUGGUGGGUUUUGCGUAGUUGCGGUUGAUGAAUGUGGUGGAGACGAUGUUAGGGACAUUUCUAGGCUUUUCCAUAAUUCGAAGCUCGUUGAAGUUGCUAAUGUUACCUUGGAAGGAUCCAAAAGGACUAGUUUACUAUUGAAAGUUCGAGACUCUCCGACAUGAGGAGGAUCCAUAGAUUAGGAGUGGACAUUUGUUCAAAGGCCAUACAUACUUCAUUUGACUUGCUAGAGCAACGUUAAUGGAAGCUGCAAUGUUUGUUGCGAAUUCAAGAUCCUCAACAAAAGUUUUCUAGAUGUGGAUAUCUUUAGCGUUGAAAUUGGGCUCUUGACUCUGAUCUAAACAUUUAGGAACCUUGAUCGCUUUUGAGAGAAGUAAAGAAAUUUUUAAAAAAAUUCAAGAGUGUGCUGCAUCUGUGUCUGAGAGUUCUAUUUUAGGAGUGACGAUUCUUCGUUCACUCGAAUGUAUUAUUUGUUGAAUAAAAAUUAAUUCUUUUUGUUUAAGGCUCUUACUAAAGAUUAUUUGAACA